AUGUCAAGCACCUGCGAAUCGAGGUUGAUUGUCUUUAAGGCAACAAAGAAAAGUAAGCUACACAUCUUAAAAGCAGCAGAAAACGCUGGACAAGCUGAGGAUGAAGUAGCAAAGGAUUGGUUCGACGCCGUUCGAAAAAUCGAAGAGGAAACCGGUGAUAUAGAAGAGAAGUAUGAUCAACGAAAGUGUGCAGCGGGUUGGUGUGUAAAUUGCUGGUCACUCUACAAGUUGAGCAAGAAGUCUGUAGAUCUUAAGAAAAAAGUUCUUGAUCGGUUGGAAAACAUAAAAUUUGAUGUCGCAAGGCCACCUUCUCCAAAGUCUGUGAUAGAUAUGCAAACCGAGGCAAUAAUCGAGAACCAGCCAUCAACUCAAUGCACGUUGCGGGAGAUGCUUGAUUGCAUACUUGAUCCUCACAUUGGUAUCAUUGGAGUAUACGGUAUGGGGGGAGUGGGUAAAACAACUCUGGUCAAACAAUUAAAUAAUCACUUCAAAAAAAAUUCUUGUUUUGAGAUCGUGAUAAUGAUCAGAGUAUCUGCCACUCCCAACAUACCAAGUAUUCAAACUAGUAUCGGUAAGCGUCUUGGAUUACCAGAUAAUAGCGACUCUGAUGCAUUGUACGAAGCCUUAAGUAAGAAGAAAUUUCUUCUAAUUUUGGAUGAUGUGUGGUGCGAAUUAAAGCUCGAGAAUGUCGGAAUCCCUCAACUUCCAAAUGAUAAAGAGAGCAAGAUUCUUGUAAUCAGUCGAAAUCAAGAUACUUGCACUGAUAUGGGUGCAAGUAAAAAAAUAAAAGUGAAGCCAUUAACUGAUGAGGAGUCGUGGAUGUUCUUCGUUAAGAAAGCUGGUGAACAUGUUGCUGUUGAUGAUCUAAAACGUCUUGCUGAACAAAUUGUUGAAAGGUGUGAUGGUCUUCCCCUUGCAAUCGUCACUGUUGCUCGUGCAAUGGUGAAUCGACAUGGAGUCAGGGAGUGGGCUAAUGCUGUAAGGGAAAUGAAGGUAUCAGCCACAGAUCUCCGAGGUAUGAUAAAAGAAGUGCUGGUUCCUUUAAAGUUCAGUUUUGAUAUAUUGGAGAAUAAUAUGCUUAAGAGUCUAUUUCUUUAUUGUGCUUGCUUCCCCGAAGACCAUAUCAUAAGCGAAUAUGAGAUAUUAAAUUACUGCUUUGGAGAGGGAUUAGAAGAUAGAUUGGGUAGUCUAACAGAUGCUAGGAAUAAAGGUGAGGCUCUGCUUGGAAGUUUGAAAAUUGCUUGCAUGUUGGAAGAUGGAGAGGAAAAAAAUUGGGUAAGGAUGCAUGAUAUGAUGCGAGAACUCGCACUUUGGAUUGCUUCUUUAGAGUACUCUGAUGGGAGUAACCUCAGCAAGUUUGUGAUAAGAACUGGUGGAUCAGUUAAAAAGGCACCACAGGCUCAUGAGUGGGUCGAUGCAACAUGGGUAUCUCUAAUAGAUACGCAAAUUAAGGAGUUGCCGAAGUUGGAAGAGAUGUGCCAAAAACUAUCCACUUUCCAAUUCAGGAAUAAUAGGAUCUGCACUGUUAUUCCAGAGCCAAAUUUCUUGCAACACAUGGUUAAUCUUAAGAGUAUUUGA